AUGGCCGACGCGGGGAAUAGAACUGAUGAGGAUUGUCUUUCCACGCCGACAAAACUGGAAGAGAAAAACCUUAGACGUGUUUGCGAUAAUAUCCCUCGGACGAUAUUCUUGGUAGCUGUGGCUGAGCUGGCCGAGCGUUUCACCUACCGGUGCAUCACAGCUCCUAUGCAGAACUAUAUCGAGAAUGCUUACAAUGAUCCACUGCGGCGAGGAGCUUUGGGCCAGUCGGUGCUGAAAGAUAUCCAACAGGGACAAGCGACAGCAACUAGCAUCAACUAUUUCUUCACCUGCUGGUGCUUCAUGGCACCUAUCAUAGGAGCCAUCAUAGCAGAUGGCUUUCUUGGUCGAUUUCGGACCAUUUGUCUGGGCACUGGAGUCGCAAUUGGCGGGGUGCUGAUUCUUUUCGUCACCUCGUUCCCUUUCAGUAUCAAGCACGGCGCCGGCUUACCGGGUCUCAUUGUUGCAUUGAUCUUGAUUGGUUUAGGCUUUGGAGGUAUAAAAAGCAAUGUUGCUCCACUCAUCGCUGAUCAAUACGCCAGAAAAUCCCCCAGAGUUAGGACUCUAGCAGGCGGAGAAAAAGUCCGUGUAGAUCCAGACCUCACAGUCCAGACUAUCUACAGUCGUUAUUACUGGGUCAUCAAUAUUGGUUCACUCUCCGUGAUACUUGCAUCCUGGUUGGAAUUAAAAGUUUCAUUCUGGGCUGCCUUUCUACUACCAUUCUGCUUCUGGAUCUUACCAGUGAGCGCUUUGAUAAUGGGCCGAGGAAAAUAUACUGUUCAAAAGCCAAAGGGCUCGGUUCUUGUCAAAGCGAUGCGAGUCCUCUGGCUCGGCUUCAAAAGAGGCCGCAAUCUCAAUGCUGCAAAGCCAUCGGCCAUGGCACAAACGCAUCCGGAAAUUACUGUUCCCUGGGACGAUGCGUUUGUCGACGAAUUGAAACGAGCGCUCAUCGCAUGCUCUGUUUAUGCUGAAUUUUGUCGCGCUUUUACAGUUGUGUAUUUCCCAUUUUCUGGCUUUGCUACGGACAAUCCAACAGCAACCUGGGAAAAAUUCGUUUAUCCAACCCUGCGACGAUAUCAUCUUACCUUCAAGCCGAUCAGUCGAAUCGCUGCCGGCUACCUGGUUAUGGCGUGUGCCAUUGGUAAUUUACCGAUCGCCUCCAUGCUACAACCAUCCUCUGAGCGGAUCCUGCAGCGACGGUGGAAGAAUCCCAAAUAA